AUUGAGAGGUUCCUCUCUUUAUCGUGAAGCCCCCCAUCCCUUGCCUUUAUCUGAAGAACUCCAUAAAUCAAUCAUGUCCUUCCCCUUGAAUCCCCACUCGACUCGGAUCAAGACUCGCUCGACUCGUUCACCGUUUCUAUCUCCGCAGGAAUAUCACGCCCCGACGUCUUGACUCGAAUUAAAAGAUGGAACCAAUGGAUAUCGUAGGGAAGUCGAAGGAAGACGCUUCGCUUCCCAAAGCAACUAUGACGAAAAUUAUAAAGGAGAUGUUACCACCAGAUGUACGUGUUGCGAGAGAUACUCAAGAUCUUUUGAUUGAGUGCUGUGUAGAGUUUAUUAAUCUCAUUUCAUCAGAGUCCAAUGAAGUUUGUAACAGAGAGGAGAAACGAACCAUAGCACCUGAGCAUGUACUGAAAGCUUUAGAGGUUCUUGGGUUUGGGGAGUACAUUGAGGAGGUAUAUUCUGCAUACGAGCAACACAAGAUUGAGACCAUGCAUGACUCUUUGAAAGGAGGCAAAUGGAGCAACGGAGCGGAGAUGACUGAAGAAGAAGCGGCAGCUGAGCAGCAGAGGAUGUUCGCUGAAGCACGAGCGAGAAUGAACGGUGGGGCUGUUGUUCCGAAGCAACCUGAAUCUGACCCAACCUUAGAGAGCUAAUUGUUUAGGCUUGUUUUCUUUCACCAUGGGUAAGCAUCCUUGAUUAUUCCAUCAGUGCUUCUAAAGUUAUAAUCUGAAUGCCACUGGUUAGUGCAUUGGCCCGUGUGGAUAUCUGUGGAUGCUAUCUAUAUUCUACAACUUAAUGCAAUUAGCAAGAGUUUGUUCAUUUCUAUCA